GGGUGAGGAGCUUCAAGCGUUUGCUGGCUAGACUACAUAGUAGCUGCUCGAAGAGGUCAACAAAAUCAAACAGGCGAGACAGGUUCGAGCUCGCUUGUCCUGAUCAGGGCAGAGAUCGGCCUGUCUACCAAAUCAAGAUGAUAGUCCCUCUGAUAGUCCAGCAACCUAGUGUGCUUCUGGCAUUUGUCUUCCCCGCGCAUUCCAACCACCGAGCUGCUUUUUCAGGACGUGGACAUCGCUCACCAUCCCGUGGCAGAUCCGUGGCCAAGACUGUGACCUGCUUUCUGGGUCCUUGUUAACCCUUGUCUGCCCUUGUCUGCUCUUGUGCAAGCCACCGAGUGUGCCUACCAGCGUCGUAUUGUAACCUCAUCAUGAUCGGAUCGAGCCAGGCACCACGGGGAGGAACCGUCACACCGCACACAUAAUGGGAAGGCGUUGUUUACAUACCUUAGGUCCUUGCCUCCUGCUACCUGCAAGUUGGUUGGUGAGCUGGCGGACUGAAUCCAUACCUCAUACCUAGUCCUACAUAAUAUGGAUGCUGUCGCAUGACAGACCUUUUACCUACUUUGUCUUCCUCUCCAUCUCAGUAGGGAAAAUCACCAUUCUCCUUGGCAGCAUCGUGGCUGUUAAAUCGCCGUGAAGAUGGCGCCGAAUACUCAACGCUCUCCAGCACCACGGAGGAUUGGUGUUACCAUAUUUGCUCUCUUGUCACUGCUGGUGCUCGGCAUAUUCCUCACAUCUAACCUCAACAGGCCAGCAAAAAAACAUCACUCGGGCUCCGAGUGGACAGCGCGUGCAAAAGCGACCUCUUCAAAUGCUCGAGCCGAGGCGAAAGGUGAUAAGUAUCUGAUCGGCGUAGGCAAGGCCGAUAUCACUGGGCCGACCGUUGAAAUAAACUUUGGCGGCUAUGCAGACAUUAGCCAAGUGGGAACUGGGUUGAGACAGAGGAUAUUCUCACGCGCUUUCAUUGUCGGUGAUGUAGAUAACCCGAAGGACCGAUUCGUCUAUCUUGUCCUUGACUUGGCAACUGGCGACACGGCUUUGCGAAAUGGGAUUCUCGACGGCUUGGCCGCCCUUGGUGAUGAGUACUCCGUCUACGGCCAGAGCAAUGUUGCCGUGACUGGCACACAUUCGCACUCCGGCCCUGGUGCCUGGUGGAAUUAUCUACUCCCACAAAUUACAAGCUUUGGCUUCGACAGACAGGGCUAUCAGGCUAUCGUCAACGGUGCGGUUCUAUCGAUUAAACGGGCUCACGAGUCCUUGACCGAGGGAUAUAUCGAUUUUGGAGCUGUGAACAUUUCUGACAGCAACAUCAACAGAAGUUUAUAUGCUUAUAUGAACAAUCCCGCUGCAGAAAGGUCAAGAUACACUGAUUCUGUAGACAAGGAAAUGACUGUACUCAGGUUCCAGCGCGCCUCUGAUAGCAAAAACAUGGGUAUCUUGACGUGGUUCCCUGUUCACGGCACAUCCGUCUAUCAGAACAACACCCAUGUAACUGGCGAUAACAAAGGUGUGGCGGAGCUUAUGUUCGAGAAGGCGAUGCAGGGUGAUGAUUCUGCCGCGGAUGGUUUUGUUGCUGCAUUCUCGCAAGCAAAUGUUGGCGAUACAACCCCCAAUACUCUUGGGGCAUGGUGUGACGAUGGCUCUGGCCAGAUGUGCAGCUACGAGAAUGCCACGUGUGCUGAUGGCAAGUCUCAAUCCUGCCAUGGGCGCGGACCUGCCUUUGAGAAGCUCGAUCUUGGUAUAUCGAGUGCCUAUGAAAUAGGAAAACGACAAUACAACGGAGCUCGAUCGGUUUAUGACAGCCUUGACUCUGCGGGAACCGCUGUCGUCGGUUCGACCGUCAAAUCAUUCCAUUUCUUUCACGACAUGACCUUCUGGAAAUUCCAGCUAGAAAAUGGGCAACAGGUACAGACUUGUCCCUCUGCGCUUGGAUAUUCGUUUGCCGCAGGCACCACGGACGGUCCAGGACUUUUUGAUUUUACGCAAGGCGACUCGGGUGAGCCAAGUGCCAGUCCUGUUUGGGAGGUUGUGAAAGCAUUGCUCCGUGAGCCCUCAAAGGAGCAGAAAGCUUGUCAGCAGCCGAAACCCGUACUCCUCGAUGUCGGUGAAUUAUCCGUGCCUUAUGCAUGGAGCCCGAAUAUCGUCGAUAUCCAGGUAUUCCGUGUAGGACAAUUCGUUAUCAUUGUCAGUCCGAGCGAAGCCACAACAAUGGCCGGUCGCAGGUGGCGUGCCGCGAUCAAGGCGGCAGCCGAGGACAUCACUGAAGCAGAGCCCAAGGUCGUCAUUGGUGGCCCGGCUAACACAUACUCCCAUUACGUUACUACGCCUGAGGAGUAUGACAUUCAGCGGUAUGAGGGAGCUAGCACACUCUUUGGCCAACACGAACUGGCCGCAUACAUCAACCUCACCGUUAGCAAUAUGAAAUACCUAGCACCUGAUUCGACGAGCUCUCCACCUCCGGGCCCUAGCCCUCCUGAUAACCGUGGUAAGAGUUUGUCAUUUAUCACGGGAGUGGUACAAGAUAACGCUCCUCUCGGAAAGAAGUUCGGCACUGUGAUAACCCAGCCAGCGUCGACAUAUGCCCGUGGCGCUGUGAUCAGUGCAGUUUUCGUAGGCGCGAACCCACGCAACAACCUUCGCCAGGAGGGCACGUUUGCCGCUAUCGAGCAGUUGGGCGCCGACGGUAGUACUUGGACACAGGUCCGCGACGACACCGACUGGUCUCUCGUGUAUUCCUGGAAGCGCACCAAUGACCUCCUCGGUUACAGCGAGGUCACCAUAUCUUGGGAAACCGAGCUCGAGGCUCAGCCUGGUACGUACAGGAUCAAGUAUUACGGCGAUAGCAAGGCGCUGCUCACUGGCGCCAUUACCGCGUUCACGGGAACGAGCAAUAGCUUCAAGAUCACAUAGAUUGUGGAAUUGUAAUAUGCGAGUUGUUGAGAGGAGAAUGCACAUGCGAUAGAAGAUUCUGUAAUUAGCUGUAUCCUAAUAACCAUGAGCAAU